AUGUCAACUGAUACAUCCAGUCCGAUGAUAACCGAUAAUGUUAAUGAGCCAAACUCGACCUCAACUACAAAUAAACCUACUCGACAAAACAUACCGCAACUACCAAAUGAGGUGGCACCAUUUGCUGCAUUUGUCAAUGUAGUUGAACUUCAACAACGUGGACCAUUAUUUCAAGGGCCAGGUGCUAAACGCAAUACUGGCCGGUAUAGAAGUCGACCUGUUGAUGAAGAGAAUGUGAAACGUGCGAAAAAAGCUGCUCUGGAACAAAGUGCUAAACAUGUUCUUGUUAGACAGCAACAGCAGCAGCAACGUGUGCUAUUAGAUCUCGAUAAGAAGAAGCAAGCAUUCUCAUUAAUGUGUCGAAUCUACGUUGGUAGUAUCAAUUUUGAAUUGAAUGAAGCGAUGUUGAAAACAGCAUUUUCACCAUUUGGUCCAGUAAAAGCAGUUUCAUUGUCAUAUGAUACUGCAACGAAUCGUCAUAAAGGUUUUGCCUUUUUGGAAUAUGAAAUACCAGAAGCAGCGCAGUUGUCUAUUGAUCAAAUGAAUGGAGUUGCCUUGAGCGGACGAAAUAUCAAGGUUGGCCGACCUUCGAGUAUGCCUCAAGCACAACCGAUCAUUCAACAGUUGAUGGACGAAGCAAAGCCUUAUAAUCGAAUCUAUGUUGCUUCGAUUCAUUCGGAUCUAACCGAAACUGACAUUCAAAGUGUAUUUGAAGCAUUCGGCAAAAUUAAGAGUGCAGUUCUGGCCAAAGAUACAGCAACGGGGAAACACAAAGGAUACGGUUUUAUUGAAUACGAAACCGCACAAGCGGCACAAGAUGCAAUCAGUGCGAUGAAUCUGUUUGAUCUUGGUGGGCAAUUCCUUCGAGUAGGAAAAGCAGUCACACCACCUGAUGGCCUAACGGCAGGAGUUCAGCCCGUACCCACUCAACUACCGUCUGCUACUUGCUAUGCAGUUGCGAAAAUCACUGCUGAAUUGCAAGCAAAAGAAAUGGAAACCAACCCCCAACCCGCUGUCGUAGCGUCACAGAUUCACAAUAAUCCAUUUGCACACAAUAGUUUUCCAGGUCGGAUGAUGCCGCCCACAGUCGUCGCUGCUGUACCAUCGAUACCUGUAUCGAACAAUGUCACACCUACUGAUAUUUCUCAGCGAUUAGCAGCCAGUCCAUUAGGGGUUGCUUCAAACUUUCCUUUAACGUCUAUCAACACUAUUCUUUCACAACCGUCAAUUCCACCGCCUCAAAUUAUCAUACCACCUAUACCAUCAUCUAUUCCACAACCUACGAUUCUAGAAGAACCACCUAUUCCUGUUGGUUUACAAAUUGAUUCUCGAAACGAGCAACAAUAUCCAUCGAUAUCCUUAGUUUUGCCAACGAAAUCCGACAGUGUUGACAAAGAGCUGAAGAAUACUGAAGAUACUUCAUCAACUCUCUCUCAACAAGAAGAGCUCAGCGUCAAAGGACGUGAACAACGACAUUUAUUGAUGCAAAAAUUGAAUAAGCGUCGACUUGAUUCGCGCGUAUGUAUUCUAAGAAAUAUGGCUACUCCAGAUGAAAUUGACGAGGAACUGCAACAGGAAAUCACAGAGGAGUGUUCAAAGUACGGUGAAGUCAGUAAAGUUGUUAUUUAUACUGAAAAACAAGACGAACAAGUUAAUGCUGAAGAGAUCGUGAAGAUUUUCGUUGAAUUUCGCAAUAGUAAAGAAGCAGAAAAAACAGCGGACACACUCAAUGGUCGAUGGUUUAGUGGUCGAAUGAUAAAAGCGGAGUUGUACGAUCAAACAGCGUAUAAUGCUGAAGAUUUCUCUGGCUGA